AUGAAGUUCCUCUCCCUCCUCGCGCUUCCAGCGCUCAUCCUCCCCGCCCUCGCCGUCCCGGCCCCAGCCCCUGAAGCCGUCGACGCCGUCGCUGCCCCCCUGGAGCGCCGCCAAAUCUCCUCCGCCUACUCCAUCGUCAGCGACCUCUACACCGAAAUCCAACAGUACACCGGCGCCAUCAACGAGACCGCCGCGUCGCUCUCGGACUCCAGCACGCCGCACCAGAAGAAAGCGGCUGCCAAGUCGUACCGUCAGAACAUCCGGGCCAUCACUGCUGCUGUUCGCGCCGCGAAGAAGGAGACCGAUGCCCUCGAGCCGGCUGCUGCUGAUGCUAAAGUGAAGAGACAGACGGAUCAGGCACUGGCGGAUUUGGUGGCGGGGUUGUUGGAGGAGGUUAGUGGGGCGUUGAACAAUAUUGUUGCUACGCUUGGGUUGACCUCACUUCUCGGGUCGUUGAACCCGCUCGUCAAUUCGCUCUCGGCACUGUUGAUCAGCUUGCGUAACGUGGUGGACAACCUGCUCAUCUUGGUGAAGCAAAUUGUCGAUGGCCUUCUUACUGGUUUGUCGAUUGGACUCGCCGGCUUGACUUUGUAA